AUGCAAAAGGGCCCAGUGGUUACAUGUCUGUUGUUCACCUCUUUUUCCAAAGGAGAGAUAGGAAGGAGGAAGACCCUCCUCCUUUUGCUUGCAGCAUGUAUAGCUGUGGGUGCUGCACACAUACAAGAAGAAGGCAUAGAUGUUCUUCAGCAUUUAGGCCUAAGGGGGCAAGCUGCAUACCAUCCAUCAACAGGGACUGUAAUGCCCUCAUUGUGUUCAUCAUUACCUCAGGGAGUUCACCUAAGUGCCUCAGGAGUUGUUUUGUCAACAAACGCUGCCAUUGAGGUUCCAUUAUCUCAAGUGAUAGCAUCCAGUUUAGGCUCCCAGUUCACCGUACUGAUUGGUUUACGCUCUUACAGAGCAAACAAUGCCUUUCUUUUCAGUAUUAGAAAUAAAAACAGACUGCAGUUUGGUGUACAGUUACUACCAAGGAAGAUAAUAGUACACACUGGAGGGAAGCAAUCUGUAUAUUUCGAUUAUACCAUUCAUGAUGAACGAUGGCACUUAUUCGCUAUUAGUGUCACAGAAAAAACAGUGUCCCUGUUUUCUCAGUGUGGAAGGAAGCAUUUCAUCAGGGAGACUCUUUCUAAAGUAAAGCAGUUUGAUUCACAUAGUUUGCUUACCUUAGGAAGGAUGAACUCCCAUUCAGUCAACUUUGAAGGAGUAAUAUGUCAGCUGGAUAUUAUCCCCUCUGCACAAGCCUCAGUAAACUAUUGUAAAUAUGUGAAACAACAGUGUCGCCAAGCAGAUACAUACCGAUCUCAGCCAACAUCUCCUGAAACAUCACUUGGAGGGCUUUUAAAUAACCCAAGCGAACAGUUGAAUGAAGAGUCCCUACUAGAUUACAGGACAUUAAAGACAAGCAAAGCAGCCUCAACCCUUUAUGUCAAGGACUCUACACCAGUCCACGUGCCACCAGAAUCUGUAGAGAUUAGACCUGUCCUGACAUCUCUUUGCUUAAGAAAUGUUACUGCAUUGGAAAUUAUGCCUGAACAGAAUGACCAGCAAAUUGUCAAAGUGUCAAAAAUUCAUCAGGAAGAUGUCAGCAAAAGGAAGAGUGGGCCCCAGACUCAAGAAGAAUUAUUUCUAAAUGUUACAGACAACGGCACGGAAAAUACAAGCAGGAAAAAUUACCCACCACUGCUCUUUUCCAUAAAGCAGAUUAAAAAUACAAAUAUGAUGAGAAACACAUCAAAGGAAUAUUCACGUGAACCUGUAGAGAUUCAUCAAAUUUUAAAUACCACAUUAUAUAGAGCUUCUGAUUCUUUGCCUUUGGAUAAUCAGUUUGGUCCAUGGGGUGAAGAUACAUUUCAGGUUGAUGAAACUUACAAUGUGGAAGGCAGUUAUGAACUUGACAUUGAUGGUUAUGAUUAUGACUAUGAAGAAUUGGAGAGAAUGUUUGAAAUGGAGAAUCUGAGAGGGCCUAAAGGGGACCGUGGAAAUUCAGGACCUCCAGGUCCUCCAGGAUUACCUGGUCCACCAGGAAAAAGAGGCCCAAGAGGUAUUCCUGGCCCACAUGGAAAUCCAGGACUGCCAGGGUUGCCCGGUCCAAAGGGCCCUAAAGGUGAUCCAGGAUUCUCCCCUGGGCAAGCAAAACGUGGAAUAAAGGGUGAUACUGGACCAGUAGGUUUGCCAGGACUUGUAGGCAUGAAAGGUGAAAAGGGUCCUAUUGGAUAUCCAGGAGCAAGAGGACCACAAGGGGAUCAAGGAAUUCCAGGAAUGGCAGGCAACCCUGGGGCUCCUGGUUACCCUGGCAGGCAGGGUUUAGCAGGACCCGAAGGUAACCCAGGCCCUAAAGGUGUAAGAGGAUUCAUUGGACCCCCAGGAGUGGCAGGGCUGCCUGGACUUGAUGGAGAACGAGGUAUUCUGGGUUUACCUGGAAAAAAGGGCCCAAAGGGGAGACAGGGUUUACCAGGUGAUUUGGGAAACAGAGGCCCCCCCGGUCCUGAUGGAAGUCCUGGACUGGUUGGUGGUGUUGGCCCUCCUGGAUUUCCUGGACUUAGAGGCGUUUUAGGGCCAGUGGGACCAUCAGGACAACCUGGAAUUCCUGGACCUCUGGGUCUUCCAGGGAGUAUGGGGCAACCUGGAUUGAAAGGUGAUAAGGGUGAACAAGGCAUUACAGGAGAGCCAGGGGAGCUGGGGUACCCAGGAGACAAGGGUGCUGCUGGUUUGCCAGGUCCUCCAGGAAUUAGAGGAAAACCCGGUCCCAUGGGUAAAACGGGAGAUUCUGGACCUCAGGGACCAUCAGGCCCUCCAGGACCAGAGGGUUUUCCAGGAGAUAUUGGUGUUCCUGGUCUAAAUGGCCCAGAAGGUCCAAAGGGAAUUAUAGGGGACAGAGGACCUCCAGGACCACCGGGUCCCAAGGGAGUUGAGGGAGAAGAAGGACCUUUUGGACCUAUUGGAGGAGCUGGACCAAGAGGAAAGCCAGGUCGGAAAGGGUAUGCAGGUGAACCAGGACCAGAAGGCCUGAAGGGGGAAACUGGAGAUCAAGGAAAUCUUGGGAAAACUGGUGGAACAGGUCCAAUUGGUUUGCCAGGUGAAAUUGGACCACCUGGAGGCACCAGCGAGAAGGGAGAGAGGGGUAGUCCUGGCCCAGUGGGCCCACCUGGAGAAAAAGGUGUCAUGGGAUAUCCAGGACCUCCAGGAGGACCUGGGCCUAUAGGGCCACAAGGAUUGCCUGGGCCUUCAGGCCCAAGAGGAUCUCCAGGACCACAGGGACCAAAAGGUCAAAGAGGUUUGCCUGGUCCUCCUGGAAGCAUGGGGGAUAAAGGUCCUGUGGGCGAACUAGGACCAAGGGGGCAACAAGGUGAUGCUGGUCCUGUAGGAGAAAUGGGCUUUGAGGGAGACAGUGGACCUGCUGGCAACCCAGGAGAACCAGGAGAGCAAGGCUUACGAGGUGCACCUGGACCCCCAGGGGAAGAUGGCAUCCAAGGGAAAGAUGGCUCAAAGGGAAAUGUAGGAAAUGAAGGACUUUCUGGAGAAGACGGUGAAAAAGGAGAGCUUGGAAUUCCAGGGGCUACAGGCCCUGCAGGUCAACCUGGCAUAAAGGGCUUUCCAGGGCCUGAAGGAGCUCCAGGAAGUCCAGGUCAGAGGGGCCGUCCAGGAAAAAAGGGGGAAAAGGGUCAACUUGGUCCCCCAGGAGAGACCGGAGUCACAGGUGACCAUGGCCAUGUUGGAGAAAUUGGUCCAAAGGGUUCAAGAGGAACUAGAGGUCCAUUGGGGUAUUUAGGUUUAAUGGGACCUGCUGGAGAGCCCGGAAUUCCAGGUUAUGGGGGUCAUCAAGGUCAACCAGGAGUAUCUGGCCCUCCAGGACCCAAAGGAGAGAAGGGUUACCCUGGUGAAGACAGCACAGUACUGGGAUCACCUGGGCCCAUAGGUGAAACAGGUCCUAUUGGUGAACGUGGAGAUAGAGGAGAACCUGGUGAUGUAGGUUACAAGGGUCACCUAGGACUUCCAGGACACAGAGGUGCUGUUGGACAACAAGGACCACCGGGUGAGCCAGGCGAACAGGGUGAAGCAGGACCAAAAGGAGAGCGGGGAUCCCGAGGUCCCACUGGAAAAAAGGGAAUGAGUGGUCAAGCUGGGAAACCUGGAAUGCCUGGUAAGCCUGGUUCUGUAGGCCAAAAGGGUCCACCUGGCUAUCCUGGACCAGAGGGCACUCCUGGGAGUCCUGGGAAACGUGGGUUACCUGGGCGAGAGGCUUUUCCCGGUAACAGAGGAAGCCCAGGAAUAGCUGGACUGGCAGGAUAUCCUGGAACUCAGGGACCAAAGGGGUUACCGGGUAUGCCAGGAAACGCCGGACCACCAGGACUAAAGGGUGAACAAGGACUUCGAGGUCAUCCAGGAAAGCAAGGUAAACGAGGCCUUCCUGGGACACAAGGUGAUCAAGGUGCAUCAGGAGAUCCCGGCCUGAAAGGGCAUGCUGGAGAACCUGGCGAUCCAGGUUUAAUGGGAUUUCAAGGAUUCCCAGGUCCUAAGGGUCCUGAAGGUGAACUUGGUUUAAUUGGAAUUCUAGGACCAAAAGGGCCAGUAGGUCAAAUAGGAAAUACUGGCCCUAUUGGUAAUGAAGGCAUCAUAGGCCCAGCAGGCAAACCUGGCCCCAGAGGUGAUAAAGGAUCCAGAGGUGAAAUUGGUCCUCAAGGACCAAGAGGUCAUCCAGGUCUACCUGGUCCACCUGGAGCACCAGGUUUAAGAAGGCAAAUUGAUAUCAAUGCUGCUAUUCAAAGCUUGAUUGAAACAAAUGCCGCAUUGCAGAUGGAGAGCUAUCAGAACACUGAAGUAACAUUUCUGGAUCAUAGUGCAGAGAUAUUCAAAACACUACAUUAUCUUAGCAAUUUACUACAUACUAUCAAGAAUCCAUUGGGAACUCGAGAUAACCCAGCACGUAUCUGCAGGGAUUUGCUUAACUGUGAACGUAAAGUCUCUGAUGGGAAAUACUGGAUUGAUCCAAAUAUUGGAUGUACUUCUGAUGCCAUUGAAGUUUUCUGCAACUUUACUGCUGGUGGCCAGACAUGUUUAUCACCUGUAUCUGUGACUAAGUUGGAGUUUGGCAUUGGAAAAGUACAGAUGAACUUCCUUCAUUUGCUGAGUUCAGAAGCAAUCCAUACCAUCACUGUUCACUGCCUAAACACUCCAGUGUGGGGAACCAAUGAACCAGGUGCCCAGAAACCCUCCAUCAGCUUCAAAGGAUGGAAUGGUCAAAUGUUUGAAGCAAAUACUUUGUUUGAACCAAAAGUGCUUCGUGAUGAAUGCAUGGUUCAAGAUGGCAGCUGGCAUAAAACCCAAUUCCUUUUUCACAGUCAAGACACCAAUCAGCUACCUGUCAUUCAAGUGCAUAAAUUUCCAUAUCUCAAACAAGGACAACAGCACUACAUAGAAAGUGGUUCAGUGUGUUUUCUCUAG